CAAUGAAGUUCUCAGCAGCCAGUAAAUGACCCUGUAGACAUCCCAGUAAGCUAAGGGAGAAAAUUUCGAUCAUCUCAACAACAUUCAGACGUUAUUUUCAACCUGAAUUACUCAACCUAGUAACUACAAUGGACAAAGCUGUGGUAUUGGCGAUGCUCCCAAAUGGAAUAAAUUAUUGCAGCGGGCUUAUUAUCCUCCCGUUGUGAAAUGAAUCACUCCACUGAUAUCAAGUACCGUCCGCGAACGAGCGAGAUAUGCUCAGUUUCUCAACUCAGUUUGUUAGUGAUGGUUGAUUAAGAAUCACGUUCCAUCGAUUUGAAAAGGCAAUUCCAUAGAGGUCAAGCGGACGACGAGACCGGUACUUGAUAAUCGAAAGAAAAAAGAAAAAAUACGAUCAGUAAAGUUGAACUGUUACCCCAACUUCAAAAUAACUCGGUUUCUAUUAUGACGUCUACACUCUGCUGGAGUCUUUUGUUGUACUCCUUGCUGAUCUCAAGCAUUUUCUGUCACGACGAUGAUUAUCUUACCUUUCCUGAGGGAUUUCGUAUCGGAGCUGCAGGAGCGUCGUAUCAAAUUGAAGGCGGCUGGAACGCAAGUGAUAAAGGUCACAGUGUGUGGGAUAAUUUCACGCACAGAGAACCAUGGCGUAUUGUAGAUAAUAGUAACGGUGACAUUGCUUGUGACUCGUACCACAAAUACAAGGAAGAUGUUAAAUGGCUCAAGGAGAUUGGACUCGAUCACUAUCGAUUUUCGCUCAGCUGGUCUCGCAUCUUGCCAACUGGCUACGCUGACAAAGUCAGCGAGGAUGGAAUUCGUUACUACAAAAAUCUGAUUGACGAACUACUCCGCAACAACAUCGAACCCUUAGUCACUCUCUAUCAUUGGGAUCACCCACAGGUGAUCGAGGAACAAGGUGGUUGGAUGAACGACAUGAUAGUCAAGUGGUUUGGCGACUAUGCAAGGGUGGUAUUCCGGGAGCUUGGACCGAAGGUGAAAAUAUUUGCAACGAUAAAUGAGCCAAAUUCAUUUUGCACGGAGGGUUAUGAGGAUGGGUGUAAGGCUCCAGGAAAACAACUCGCUCCGACGGGGGGGUACAUGUGCGGCCAUAACGUGUUAAAGGCCCACGCCAGAGCGUACCACAUUUACGACAGAGAAUUCCGGAAAUCCCAAAAUGGAAAGAUCGGUAUCGUGAUACCUUGCGGAGGUCAAAUAGCCAAGAAUCCGGGAGACAACGCGUCUGUCGAAACAUCAUUUCAAUUCGGCUGCGGAUGGAUGGCUCACCCAAUUUUUUCAAAAACCGGAGACUACCCUGAAGUUAUGAAGCGUAACAUCGAUCGUAACAGCAAAAACGAAGGUUACCCCAGAUCAAGGUUACCGAAAUUUUCGCCGAACUGGAUCAAAUAUAUCAGAGGAACUUCCGACUACUUUGGAUUGAAUCAUUACACCACCUUCGAGGUAUCACCUAGAACAAAAAAACCAGACGACGUAUGGGGUCUUGACUCUGGUCUAGAGAAAAGUGUGGAUCCAAGCUGGCCUCGGACAGCUUCUGCCUGGCUAAGGGUAACUCCGUUCGGCUUCGGAGAUACUCUCAGACAGAUUAAAGACGAGUACCAAAACCCACCUGUUUAUAUUCUCGAGAACGGUGUUUCGGACUCGGGAACACUGACCGACCAUCAGAGGAUCGGUUACUUCUACUCGUACCUGAAGGAACUCAUUACAGCGGUCAAACGGGAUGGGUGUAACGUGCCACUUUAUACCAUGUGGAGCCUUCUCGAUAACUUCGAGUGGAAUAGAGGAUAUACAGAGCGUUUUGGCAUCUUACAUGUGGAUUUCAAUAGUUCAAACAGAACUCGAACACCCAAGCUGUCAGUGGAUUGGUGGAAAAAUGUUUUAAGAACUCGAAAGCUGCAGCCUGUGACUGAGUACUGGUAGAUGAACGAUAUGCCGUUACUGACAUAUAUUAUUUCAUAUCAUAUCUAUAUUUUAUACGCGUUAUAAUUUUCAUUUCCUCGAUUUUCCUCCACUGUAUUUCUCUGUAUUCUCGUUCAAAAUUAUUUUCUGUGAUACCUUCUAGGGAGAAGUAAUACUGUGCAAAGAGAGACUUAAAAGAUAAAAACUUGGCAAUUUCAUUGGUCGAUAAACGCUAAGAGAAAGCCCAGGAAAAAAAUUUUGGAUCUAUGUAUAAUUUUUUUUGAUAGAUUUUGAAUAAGUUUGAUAAACUUGGAUUUAAAUUUUAAAGAAUCAUAUGUUUACCGAGAUUUCCGUAGAUAUCAGUAGAUUUACAUACCCUUGAGUUAGUCUAAUAUUGUGGCCAAACGCUUAUGCUUCUUAGAGCUCCCUACAUCUACUUAAAUCUCAGUCCUGGGUACUUACCCUAUUUUAUUUUAAUAUAUCUUUCUUAACUGGGUGUACUAUAUAUAAACUAAAUAUGACAUCUUGACCUCGUAAGAUUACACACGACUUCUUUUUCUUUUUCUCCUCUCCGAGGUGUGUGGAAGGCAGUUGUACUUUGUCAGUGAUACGAGCCGUCUGAUGUACACGAAGAAAGCGGUGUGUUACAAUGCCAGUUAUGUAGAAAC